CUCAAAGGCUAAGGAUCUCAGUGGGAAAAUCAAGAGUGAGGGUAGGGAAGUUCUUCUCCCUCAAGGUCCCUUCAAGGUCAACCCCCAUCUGUGGGAACGCACCAUGGUCCCCGCCGCGCAGGUGCCGGGUUGGGUGAGGAUGGCUAUAUUACCCCUGCCUGCUCAGAACCCUUGUGAGUGCCACUUACUUGGAUUGGUGUCCCUGGAAUUCCCAGAAGGAGCAUUGGAUUUGAGACUUUUCUGAUUUGAUGCUUGCUCCUCCCCACUGAGUGUCUUCUGGAGGCCAAGGUGAGAGGUGGAAGAGGAUGGCCACGGAGAUCAGUGCUCGGGGCAGACAGCGUGCCAUUGGGCAAGAGGAGUACAACCUGUAUAGCAGCCUAAGCGAGGAUGAGCUGGUCCAGAUGGCCAUUGAGCAGAGCCUGGCUGACAAGACUCGGGGCCCAGCCACCACUGAGGCCGCUGUGUCCACACGUGUCAACCGCGAACCUGCGCAUUUCUACCCGUGGACCAGGUCCGCUGUGUCUCCUGAGAGCGCCACGACCGCAGCCCCCAAGGGCCUGUUCCAGGAGGUUAUGCAGAAAUACAACCACAGCAAGUCCUUCCAGCUGGCGCCCGUGGACCCUGUGCUAAAGGCCAUCAAGGAAGGCGAUGAAGAGGCCUUGAAGGCGAUGAUCAAGGCGGGGAAGAACCUCACAGAGCCCAACAAGGAGGGCUGGCUGCCGCUGCACGAGGCGGCCUACUACGGCCAGCUGAGCUGCCUGAAGGCGCUGCAUCAAGCAUACCCGGCAAUCAUUGACCAGCGCACCCUGCAGGAGGAAACGGCCCUUUACCUGGCGACAUGCAGGGGACACCUGGACUGCCUCCAAUCCCUGCUCCAGGCUGGGGCUGAGCCCGACAUCUCCAACAAGGCCCGAGAGACACCACUCUACAAAGCCUGUGAGCGCAAGAACGUGGAGGCGGUGAGGAUUCUGGUGCAGUACAACGCAGACACGAACCACCGCUGUAACCGAGGCUGGACGGCUCUGCACGAGUCUGUUGCUCGCAAUGACCUGGAGGUCAUGGAGAUCCUGGUGAGCAGAGGUGCUAAGGUGGAAGCCAAGAAUGCCUAUGGCAUCACCCCCUUGUUCGUGGCCGCCCAGAGUGGGCAGCUGGAGGCACUGAGGUUCCUGACCAAACACGGUGCUGAGAUCAACACACAGGCCAGUGACCACGCAUCUGCCCUCUACGAGGCCUGCAAGAACGAGCACGAGAAGGUGGUGGAGUUCCUGCUGUCGCAGGGUGCCGACGCCAACAAGGCCAACAAGGAUGGCAUACUCCCGCUGCACAUCGCUUCCAAGAAGGGCAACUACAGGAUCGUGCAGAUGUUGCUGCCGGUGACCAGCCGCACGCGCGUGCGCCGUAGCGGCAUCAGCCCGCUGCACCUGGCCGCCGAGCGCAACAACGACGAGGUGCUCGAAGCUCUGCUGAGCGCGCGCUUCGACGUGAACGCGCCCCUGGCGCCCGAGCGCGCGCGCCUCUACGAGGACCGGCGCAGCUCAGCGCUGUACUUCGCGGUGGUCAACAACAACGUGUACGCCACAGAGCUGCUGCUGCUCGCCGGCGCCGACCCCAACCGCGACGUCAUCAACCCCCUGCUGGUGGCCAUCCGCCACGGCUGCCUGCGCACCAUGCAGCUGCUGCUGGACCACGGCGCCAACAUCGAUGCCUACAUCGCCACGCACCCCACCGCCUUCCCCGCCACCAUCAUGUUCUCCAUGAAGUGCCUGUCGCUGCUCAAGUUCCUCAUGGACCUCGGCUGCAACGGCGAGCCCUGCUUCUCGUGCCUGUACGGCAACGGCCCGCACCCGCCCGCCCCGUCGUCCUCCAACAGGUUCAACAACGCGCCCGGCUCGAGCAAGGCGCCAGGCGUGGUCCAGUUCUGCGAGAUCCUGUCUGCCCCGGAGGUGAGCCGCUGGGCAGGGCCCAUCAUCGACGUCCUCCUGGACUACGUGGGCAACGUGCAGCUCUGCUCCCGGCUGAAGGAGCACAUUGACAGCUUCGAGGACUGGGCUGUCAUCAAGGAGAAAGCAGAACCUCCAAGACCCCUGGCUCACCUUUGCCGGCUGCAAGUUCGAAAAGCCAUUGGGAAAUACCGUAUAAAACUCUUGGACACGUUGCCACUCCCAGGCAGGCUGAUUAGAUACCUGAAAUAUGAGAACACCCAGUAACCGGGGCACGUGGAGGAGGAGUGGUUCCUCAGACUGUUUCACUGAGUGUCAGGACAGCAGUGGCCCCAAAUCCAAGGGGACCUGGUGACAGACGAGGCUGUGGGCUGCCUCCGUUUCAGCGGGGGUAGCGCCGUGAUCUCACCGGUCUCUGGGCCAGAGCUUUGCCCAGGGCAGAGGACAGAAUGUGUCAAGUAGGAGAAGAACCAUGUUUGUUUUCAAAUGGACGAGGAGAUCCCCAACCUUCUCUGCCAUCAGGGAUGGCAGAAGGCUCCAUUCCUGGGGCCAGGAGAUGGGACCAGGGCAGAACUUGGGGUGGUCUGGGGAAGGCAGGGGCCAGCAGGGAACCCUGGCGCCACCUCUGGGCUGUGGCUGGAGAGCUUUCGGGGGUGAGUCUGUCUUUCCCAGACAGCCUUGCUGCAGAGUGUCCCUGUGCCCCUCCCCCUUUGCUCUGGGAAACUCUCCACUUGACUCUGAGCUCUCUCCCCAAAGGUGUGGCCCAGGGGAGUGGGGUGGGGAGACCCCGGUCCCAGAGGGCUUCCUUAGGUACAAUAAAUGUUGCACAG